CGCCCAUGUCCCGGUGGGAUAGGCUAUUCUACAUGCACCCGCCCAUGACGUUUAUAAAGAUGGAGGCUAGUCUCUCGUGGUCCUCUCGAUUUGAGACCCUCAAGAUACUUUCACACAGCCAACUAAACCACCCCUCAAGCCCAUGAACCACAAAGGUUAGAAGUCUCCUUCAAGACAAAAACUGAGCCAUCCAAUUCCCGAUAUUCCCAUCAUGUCCUCCUCGGGGAAACGCAUCGUCUUCACAGGCGGCUCAGGAAAAGCCGGACGCCAUGUAAUCCCCUACCUCCUCCAGCAAGGCUACUCAGUCCUCAAUCUCGACCUAAUCGACUUCCCUGACCCGGAUGCUGGGGUCUUCACUUUGAAAACCGACCUCACAGAUAGCGGUCAAGUCUUCAAUGCCCUAACCACGCACUUCAACUUCGCCGGCUACGAAGCACCACACGUCCCCGGUCCCCCAGACGCCGUCAUCCACUUCGCUGCCUACGCCCGCAACAUGCUCGUGCCAGACAACGAGUGCUACGCCGGCAACGUCCGCUCAACCUACAACGUCAUCGAAGCAGCCUGUAAACUCGGGGUCCGCAAGAUCAUCAUCGCCAGCAGCGAAACAACCUACGAAGUCUGUUUCGGCCAGGGCAACCUCGACUACACUGCCUUCCCCUUAGUCGAAGAUGCAGAUGUGAACCCAAUGGAUACCUACGCCAUCUCUAAGCUCUGCGGCGAACGCGUAGCCCGCGGUUUCGCCCGUCGCUUCGACGCAGACAUUUACGCCCUACGCAUCGGCAAUGUCAUUGAGCCCCACGAGUACGCCCGCGACUUUCCAAAAUACAUCCAGAACCCAGAGACGCGCAAGCGAAACGCCUGGGCUUACAUUGACGCCCGUGAUCUUGGCCAGAUUUGCCAUUUGUGCGUGCAGAAAGAUGGGCUAGGGUUCCAGAUUUUCAAUGCGACAAAUGAUACUAUUACCGCUACCUUCCCCACGAAACAAUUCCUCGAGCAGUAUGCGCCUAAUACGCCUGUUACACGGGAGAUGGGCGAGUGGGAGGCGCCCUUGAGUAAUCGCAAGAUUAAGGAGGUGUUGGGGUUCAAAGAGGAACAUAACUGGCGCAAGUAUUACAACCCUGAUCAUUAAAUAGAGGUUUUUUGUGGAAGGGCGGGGAAGUGAAUGAAUCGAACAAAUAAAGAUAUUACCUUUCUCUAUAUGAUCAGAGCUCAAAUUUAAAGAUGCAAAUUCUAUACUGUAGGUUAAUAAAGAAGCGAUUAUAAACGCUUCUCCCAUACUAAAACUUGAAUACUUCUUUCUACAUUUUGCAAUAUCGAAGAAAAAUUACUUUAGGUACUAAAUAGUCUUCGAUAUUUAGAAAUUACUUUUGUUUUUCAGAAGGGAAAGACAUCAUGUACCAACUAAACUAUCGUUACUAGGGGGGCUAUUUGUAUAAGGG